UAGGUGACCUGAUGCCUGAUGCCAAAUGCCGAGUCGCACUGAGGAGUGACGGUGUGGGUGUGUGUGUUCAAAGUUACAAUUUACAUAUAUAAAUAACAGCAAAAAUAUGGCGUCACUCUGUGUGCGACACCUGCCCAGCGUAUCACGCAUGCUGAGGAAAUGUGUCAAGCAUGUGGUGUUUGGGCAACGCAGGACCAUGUUAACAGGGAGCUGUAUUGAUAUGUCCCAUGGUUUGAACGAAGAACAAGUGCAGAUUCAGCAAAUGGCACUGGAUUUUGCUAAAAAUGAAAUGGCACCAAACAUGCAGAAGUGGGAUGAAGAGGAAAUCUUCCCCGUUGAGACCAUGCGGAAGGCAGCUUCUCUGGGGUUUGGGGCGGUGUACUGUGAUGAGGCAUUUGGUGGUACGGGACUCAGUCGCCUGGAUGCCUCGGUCAUCUUUGAAGCCCUGGCUACUGGCUGUUGCAGCACCACCGCUUAUAUCAGCAUUCAUAACAUGUGUGCCUGGAUGGUGGAUGAGUUUGGCAGCGAUGAGCUUCGGAGCAAGUGGAUCCCGGAACUGGCGACCAUGGACAAGUUUGCCUCUUACUGUCUCACGGAACCAGGCAUUCAUCAGCGGUAGUGGGGCGAGUGACCUAUACGUGCUGAUGUGUCGCACUGGCCAGCCGGGCCCCAAAGGUGUGUCUUGUGUGCUGGUGGAGAAAGACACACCAGGCCUCUCUUUUGGGAAAAAGGAGAAGAAGGUUGGAUGGAAUUCACAUCCUGCAAGGAUUGUGUCAUUUGAUGACUGUCGUGUCCCUCAAAGUAAUCUCGUUGGUGUGGAAGGCCAGGGCUUCAGUAUAGCCAUGAGAGGCCUCAAUGGAGGCCGAAUUAAUGUUGCAUCCAGUUCCCUUGGGGCUGCUCAUGCCUCCAUUGAACAAGCGCGAGACCACAUGAAGGUGCGCAAGCAGUUCAAUCAGCCCUUGGAAAAUUUUCAGUACCUGCAGUUCCGACUAGCUGAGAUGGCCACCCAGCUCGUGGCAUCCCGGCUGAUGGUGAGGAAUGCUGCCCAAGCACUGGACAGAGGGGAUCCGAACUCUGUUGCCCUGUGCUCCAUGGCUAAGCUUUUUGCCACAGAGGAGUGCUUCAAGAUCUGCAAUGAUGCCCUGCAAAUAUUUGGAGGCUAUGGGUAUCUGAAAGAUUACCCAGUCCAGCAGUAUAUGAGAGACACUCGGGUACACUGUAUAUUGGAAGGGUCAAAUGAAAUCAUGCGGAUGAUUGUCUCCAGGGAUCUUCUCACUGAGAGAUGAGGUGCUAAUACAUUUUUUCGUAACCUUGACACCUGUGGCAGUUGGUGAAUUGUGUGAAUCACAGAACUGGCUAAAGAACAAGGGGAGGAUGUGUUGUUCCUUCAUCCACAGUGGCCGUAUUGGACAGCAGC